UUGAGGGGAAAUUGACCUAAAGGAAUGAACCAAACGCCCUAACCACCGAGAACAGUCAUUUUCAAUCGCAACUUAUCUUCAGACUAUACAAUUUGAUUUUUGUCGUCGUGAAAGUUUCUUUUUUGCUUUUUGGAAACGAUUCUUACACUCGAACUGGAGGGUAUGGAUUGGGGCACGGAUCUUUGGGAUCAGCAUGAGGCCAUUGAGAAGCAUACCCAGAAUGGGCUGGACCUGGUGGAGCGCUAUGUGAAGUUUGUCAAAGAGAGAACAGAGAUUGAACAGAACUAUGCCAAACAACUCAGGAGUCUCAGUAAAAAAUAUGCCAGACGAGGCAAAGAUGACCAGGAGUCUAAGUUCAGCAGUUACCAGGCGUUUCAGGACGUUCUGAGUGAGCUCAGUGACUAUGCCGGGCAGAGAGAGCUGGUCGCUGAAAAUAUGACUCUUAAUAUCUGUGUGGAGCUGACAAAGUAUCUACACGACCUGAAACAGGAACGCAAAACUUAUCUUGGUGACAUUAAGAAGGCCCAGCAGAAUCUGGAGCUGAGUCUGAAGCAGCUGGAGAAUAGUAAGAAGCGCUUUGAGAAGGAAUGGAAGGAGGCAGAGAAGGCCAAUCAGCAAUCAGAGAAAGUUGAACAGGACACCAAUUCUACCAAAGCAGACGUAGACAAGGCGAAACAGCAGGCGUUUGCUCGCAUGCAUACAGCAGAUGAAUGUAAGAAUGACUAUGCCUCUCAGCUGCAGAAAUAUAACAGAGAACAGAACCAGUUCUAUUAUGCAGACAUACCCACUAUAUUCAAUAAACUGCAGCAGCUGGAUGAGAGGCGGAUCAGGAAGUUGGCUGAGGGCUACGUCCUAUUCGCAGAGACAGAGAAGAAAGUCAUGCCAAUCAUCGGAAAAUGCCUGGACGGCAUCUGCGCUGCAGGGAGUAACACCAGUGAAAAACAGGACUCCUUGGCAGUUAUUGAAAUGUAUAAGACCGGAAUAGAGCGUCCUGCUGAUAUUGAGUUUGAGGACUACAGUCAAGGAGCCAAACCCACAGCAUCAGAAAACACACACACCCUACCAAAAGUCCGCAUCAAAAAUAUCUUCAAGGGAAGACACAAGCCCCCCCCUUCCUCAAGCAUUCUACCUGACCACGCCCACGCCAUUAUUAACAGUCACACCCACUCCAAGUUUAGCCACAUCCCAAUUUCAUACUGUCUUAGGUCGCUCCGUCGACCAUUGAAAUACAAGAAUGUCUCUAUGGCAACCUCUCGUCCAAUGGUAAGUCAAAAAGAUCAUCGCUCAGUGGUCUCAGAGGAUUAUUCCCACUUGCCCCCAGAGCAGAGGAAGAAGCACUUACAGCAGAAGAUUGACGACGUCAGUAAAGAGCUACAGAAAGAGAUGGACCAGAGUGAGGCCCUCAGUAAGAUGAGAGGGGUGUAUGAGCAGAAUCCACAGUUGGGAGACGCGGCCAGUCUGGAGCCACAGAUCACCCAGACCUCUCAGAACAUAGGGAAACUGAAAGGAGAACUGGCCAAAUAUGAGACAUGGCUGAAUGAAGCGAGUGGUCUCACCACAGUCUUUAAUGAUCAAGAGACCAGUGCAGGGUAUAUUUCAGUGUUGAGUGGCCCUGUAACUGCUCAGCCAUUGGAUGAUGUGUAUGAGGACGGUUUUGGGGAGUUUGAUGAGGAUGUGGAUGAGCCCGUUGGCCAGUGCACCGCGCUCUACAACUUUGAUGGCUCCAGCGAGGGUACGGUGUCUGUCCAGGAGGGGGAGCAGCUGAGUGUGAUGGAGGAGGAUCAGGGCGACGGUUGGAUGAGGGUCAGGAAGUCAAACGGUGACGAGGGUUAUGUACCCUCUUCCUACAUCAAAAUCUCCUGAUUCAGCCGAACGCCAACACUCUGACAGCAAACGAAGACCUUUCUCAUGACACCGGAGUCGCUUUUUCCAGCAUCACAUGGAGACAGUCAUGUUGAGAAUCAUUCCAAGGAUGCUGUGGGAAUGUCUUUGUACAGAGAUGGGAAAUAUUUCAGCACAUAAUGAUCUGUGUAUGUUUUAAAAUCCUGGGAACCUUUAGAAAAACUGGUUUGUGUUCCCAGAAUAUUCAUCUGUGUCCUGACUGACAAUCCAGU